CCCUAAAAAUUCCGAAUCAAACCCUUCCGUCGGGAAUAUACAGUGCCUUUGGCCCCGAAGUUCUGGACUCCUUCAAUGAUAUCUAUUUGCGUUGGCUCUCCUACGAUAACUGGACAUACUCCAAUAGUUUUCAGUUCGAUGUCGAUCACUACAAAGGUGGCCAUGUAAACCUUACUUUCCAUGGCAUUGAUACCGUGGCGGAGAUUAGACUUAACCACGAAUUACUGGGUCGUACGGAUAACAUGUUUGUCCGGUAUUCCUUCGAUGUGACGUCUCUACUUCAGUCGGAAAAUGUUCUGGAAGUGGAGAUCCAGUCCCCGGUGGCAGCAGCCCGUUUGAGGGCCCAAGUGCUGGACUAUUUGGGAAAAAGCGUGCCACCCGACUGCCCGCCAAAGGAUUACAACGGCGAGUGCCACAUGAACAUGUUGCGAAAAAUGCAGGCCAGCUUCUCCUGGGAUUGGGGUCCGGCCGCUCCUUCAGUCGGCAUCUGGAAGCCCGUCGAGCUGGAGAUUUACGAGGUGGCUGUCAUAAGGGACGUGGACGUGGACAUCACUCGAAAUAGGACGCACUGGAACAUGCACAUUCGUUGCUAUUUGGAUGCCGUGGGCAAGAAGGACUUCUACGGCCGACUCAUCUUGUAUACCGUCGAACUAUUGGACCUUCCGGUGAUCGUAGAUGCAUACGCCACGAAAUCCAUUAGCCACUUGGCACCAGUAAUUGAGUUCGAUCAGGCCGUUCCAAUUGAGAAAGUAGAAACUUGGUGGCCCAAUGGCUACGGCGAGCAGAAGCUUUAUCCGCUUCACUUCACUCUCAAGGCCUGGCGUGGCGAUUCCCCCGAGCUCCGGGCCAAGACCAAGUCGCACAAAUCGCUGCGUGUUGGCUUCCGGACCGUAGAGCUGGUGGAGAGGCCGGCCCCGGAUGGGUUGGGAAACACCUUCCUCUUCAAAGUCAACGGCGUCGAGAUGUUCAUGAAGGGCAGCAACUAUAUACCAUCUCACAUCCUACCCGAACAGCAAACAGAAGAUCAGAUUUCGCACAUUCUGCAUUCCGCCAAGGAGGCCAACAUGAACAUGUUGAGAGUUUGGGGAGGUGGAGUCUACGAAUCGGACUACUUCUACGAAUUAGCCGACAAGCUGGGCCUGUUCAUCUGGCAGGACAUGAUGUUUGCCUGCGCCAUGUAUCCUGUGGGCGAUGAGUUCCUGGCCUCGGUUCGCGAGGAGGUGCGGCAGAAUGCCAAGCGAUUAUCUCAUCACCCUAGUGUGGCGAUCUUUGUGACCAACAACGAAAACGAAGCAGCUUUAGUUCAAAAUUGGUAUGGAACUGCCUACGACCAAGGUCGCUUCUCUUCGGAGUACCGGGAACUCUAUCUGGCCAAUGUCAUCCACGAACUAAAGCUUAUUUCGCAUAAUUCAAGACCCGAUCCAUUGGUAUCAUCACCGUCGAAUGGCAAAGCCAGUGAGCAGGAUAACUACAUUUCUGCCAAUCCUCAGGACAAUCACUACGGCGACGUUCACUUUUACGACUACCUUAAGGAUGCCUGGGAUCCAGCGAUAUUCCCUCGCCCCCGAUUCUCCAGCGAAUAUGGCUUCCAGAGCUUCCCAGGCGCCUAUGCCUGGCAGCGGAGCAAGAACGAUGACGAUGAUCUCCUCACUUUAUUGCACCAUCGGCAGCAUCAUCCUCUGGGCAAUACCCCCGUGAUCGCUCUAGUGGAAAGACACCUGCCGCUGCCCCUCCCGGAGGACGAGAACUAUGUCAAUGGUCUGAUCUACUUGAGCCAGAUUGCCCAGGCGAUGGCGACCAAGGUUGAGACGGAAUUGUACCGCAGUCUCCGGGAUACACCGCACAACACCAUGGGUGCCCUCUACUGGCAGCUAAACGAUGUUUGGGUGGCGCCUUCUUGGUCUGGCAUUGAUUUUUAUGGCAAUUGGAAGAUACUACACUAUUGGGCAAGAGAUUUUUUGGCCCCCAUCUCAAUAGUGGCUCUUUACGAUAAACCCACCGAUUCCUUGAACAUCUCGCUAAUCUGCGACCAACUUAAAGUGGAUACCCAGGGCCUUAAUGUGGUGGCCAAUGUUCAUUUGUGGUCGCAGCUCUUGCCCCACUCCUUUACAACCUGGCCAGUGACCUUGCGGCCCAAUGGAGUUCAGUAUGACAAAAUAAUACCCAUAAAUGAUAUAUUGAAAGGUGAAUACAAUAGACGUAAUGCCUUCCUGGAACUACAGCUGCGGCGCGACCAGGAUGUGAUAUCCAAAACCUACUACUUUCCUAGUAGCUUGCGUAGCGCCAUUGGUAUGGAAGAUCCUGAGCUGGAGUAUGAGAUCGCCUCCCGCUAUUGUCUAACAACCGGCGACGUUGUUCGUAAUAGCAUAAGUAUCAGCAUUAAAAUAAAACGUCCGGCUGCUUUUGUUUACUUGGAACUACUUAAGCCCUACCGCUACACCUUGUCCGAGAAUGGUUUUAUGCAGACUGCCCCUAUGCACGUUGUCUACUUGACCUUUGACGCCAGUUCCUGCGCCCGCUUGCUCCGCAAGUCCGAUCUUCGGGUCUUGACUGUCAACGAUUUCAUGCCUUAGAUCAACUCACAUUAAAUUUCCUUGACAACUUUAAUGCAACAUUUAUAAAUAACUUAACAAUAAACAAAUCAAUAAAUAGCA